AUGGAGGCUAGACAAAAACAAAAGCGGUAUAAAAACAACAAAAAGCCGAGUUGUCAAAAAUUCUGACAUUUGGCAAGUUCAGGAAAAUUGUUAUAAAGUUAUUGGUUUUCUGGAGCAAUUUUAAUAUUCUUCACAAUUCAAUUGUUUGCACUUUACGAUUGAAAAUGAGACUUAGCCUUGGUUAAAAUUGAUAGAAAUAGUCCUUUUCAACAAAAAAACUGUGGACUCUUCGAAUUUGACGCAGCCUGCUUAGGCUGCUGGCCGAUGACGUAGUGUUCCUAGGUGUAUUGGUUGGCGGAGGCAGCAGAAAAGAAGGAAGAACCAUAGCAGUACAAACACUUCGAUAACAAAAAGACUUUCCAACGAGUGCAGAGUACUUUCAAUUGUUUUGCAUGUAAAUACAAUUUGAUUAUUAAAUAUAUUUUUAGCAUUGACUAGCCAGGUAAAGAGCGUAUUUCGUGUACUAACACUUGCAAAAAAGCAUUCAGCUGUGCUGCUUGGUGAACUGUGACAGAACACUUAAUACAUUGGUGUUGUUCGGAAGGCAUUAUGCUACCGCGUACAACAGAACUUUUGCGCUUGUUGCAUUUGAGGCAGCGUUUCUUUGGGCGUCGAGGCUUGCAUGGAAUGGAGUGUCUCAAUAGCAUCCUGAUUAAACGGUUUAAUAACUGCUUGAACGCAUAUGAUGUCAUAUAUUUCGCAAACAAAAGGUUGUCGAAGAAUUGUGCAAUUUCUUUUAUUGGGGGUCGCUCAUACUCCAAGAAGGAAGUGAAGGCACUUUCUGCAACGGCUGUGUCUAGCUCACCCACAAGUAUUGGCAAUGAGGCUACAUCAAAAGUGAAAACUACCAAAAAAUCGGCUACUGAACCUAAGCAAAUAAUCAAAACUGCCUCGAGCGCCAAUAUAGCUCCUGCGCUACAGCCUGCAACAGGGGGUGAAACUACAAAAACAUUAGAAAUCAAAACCUCCAAAGGCCCUCUCUUAAUCACGACGACAUUUGAAGAUUCCAAAAUUAAUGAUAUAGUGAUUGAGAAAACGAAGGCUCCUGUUACAGACUUACCAAUACCACCGGCUAAAAUAUCAGUAAAUGAGUUGUUAAAGGAAACAGCGCAGGCAGCGGCUGCACAAUUGCAAACGUCGCCUACAAUAGAUGCAGCCGCAACCGCAGCUACGGUGGCAGCAGCAACGGCAAAGGCUAAAGCAGCCAUAGCCAAAGUCGUUACACCUCCAGAGGCAGUCAAAGUGACAGCAAAUAGUGCGCAGGCACAGUCAUCACCUACAGGUCAGAUGACUGCAACGAGCACACACACUGCUGAAGCUGUCAUGCAGAAGCCCAAACGUGUGUUAGUAGACUUUAAUCGCUCCUCCCUGGAGCGCAAUUUUAUUACGCCAACGCGCGCAAUGAGCGACUUUCUGCUGAAGGCCUCCGACCUAGACAGUCUAUCAAAAAUAAAACGACGCUCGCCAUACGAACAAGAGCCACCCAUAACCGUGUUUUGGCGCAAAGAUGUGGAAGCGAAGGCUAUAGGUGUCUGGGGUUCACGCGAGAAUUUGUUGAAGGAACAACUUAAGCGUGAGAUAGAACGAAAGAAGCAUCAACAAAAUCUCUUCACAGUUAAGCGGCGUUUGCGCGACUACCGACGUGAAAUCGGCGCACGCACGGUUGUGGUCGAUGCGGAGCCUGGCUUGACAGGGAAAUCGGGCAAAGUUGUGCUCAUAGCAAUUGGCAUCAAUAGCUUGAAUUUUCUGUUUAAGGCCUGCGGUUGGGCGUAUACCGGCUCACAUAGUAUGUUUGCUGAAAGCAUACACUCACUGGCCGAUACAAUAAAUCAACUUAUCUUAGCCUAUGGCAUACACAAGUCCACACAAAUGGCAGACUCGGAUCAUCCUUAUGGCUAUAGUAAUAUGAAAUACGUUUCUUCGCUCAUUUCGGGUGUUGGCAUAUUUUGUGUGGGCGCUGGCCUGUCAGUGUAUCACGGCAUCACAGGACUCUUGCAUCCGGUACCAGUAGAAGAUUUCUUCUGGGCCUUCUUUAUACUCGGCGGUUCGCUGGUGUCUGAGGGCGCUACGCUCAUAGUGGCUUUGAAUGAAUUGCAGCGCGCGGCCAAGUGUAAUGGCGUAUCGUUUAAGGAGUAUGUACUGAGCGGUAAGGAUCCCUGUGUUAACGUUGUGCUCACUGAGGAUGCUGCUGCGGUAACGAGCGUAGCUGUGGCGGCAACCUGCAUGGGGCUCACUUCAUUUACUGGCUUGCCGGUGUUUGAUGCUGUCGGUUCAUUGCUGGUUGGCGGCAUUUUGGGUGCCGUGGCCUCCUUUAUUAUCUACACAAAUGCAGCGGCGCUUGUGGGCAAAUCAAUAUCGGAAGAUUUAUUGAACAAAAUCAAUGCUGAGCUGGAAAGUGAUGUGAUGAUUCGCGCCAUACAUGAUGUUAAAGGUAUUGAUAUGGGAAAUUCACUAGUACGCUACAAGGCCGAAAUGGAUUUCGAUGGCCGUGAGUUGACGCGCUCAUAUUUGGACAAACAAGAUCUAAACGAUCUCUUACAGACAGUUCAAUCAUUCCAGAAAGCUGAAGAAUUGGAGGCAUUCUUACUCAAACACGGCGAAAAUAUUGUUGACCUCAUGGGUGGCGAAAUCGAUCGAAUAGAAAUGAAGCUAAGGAAAAAAUUCCCCGAAAUACGACAUUGUGAUCUAGAAAUUUUGUAAGCUGAAUAUUUAGACAUGUAUUUUACCAAUUUAGAUACUCGUUGGCUCCCACUGAUCGAUUGGGUUUUAACGUACAGUUGUAUACCCACAUUGUUUGUUGUAUAUAAGCAAAUAGUGCUAAAUAAAAUUUUAUGGACGAGCAAUUUGAACGCUGGGUUGCAUUAAAUAAAUGAGAAACCCAAGUUUCAUGCUGUGAAACCACAAUAAUUUAAACUGUAUAUGCUUGAACUAACUUUUUUUUUACAUUGUAUGCAUAAUUAAAAGCAAAUGACUUAAUUUAUUUUUAAAAAGAGAAAUGAAAAAUUGUUAAAAUUAUAUGCUACAUAAAUAAUUAUAUAAAAU